AGCUGUCUUUUGGGGAGACAUUGCCUUAGACGAAGAAGACUUAAAAAUGUUCCAAAUAGACAGAACAAUUGACCUCACUCAGCACUCUAAUGAUAACUUGGGACACACCACAGGUGGCCUUGAAGAGCAUGAUCUAUCAAAAAAAAGAGGCGCACUCUAUCAGCUUAUAGAGAGGAUAAGAAGAUUUGGCUCUGGUUAUGAGCGCUCUAAUGCAACUAGUGAAAAGGUAGAUCCAAAAUCCUCAGGGAGAAGUGAGAAGAGACGAAUUCCCAGAGCUGCUACAUCACGCGCUGAAAGGAUAUGGCCUGGGGGAGUCAUUCCAUAUGUUAUUGGAGGCAACUUCACUGGCAGCCAGAGGGCUAUGUUCAAGCAGGCCAUGAGACACUGGGAGAAACAUACUUGUGUGACAUUUAUAGAGCGCACUGAUGAGGAGAGCUACAUUGUGUUUACAUAUAGGCCUUGUGGGUGUUGCUCUUACGUGGGACGAAGAGGAAAUGGCCCCCAGGCAAUAUCAAUUGGCAAAAACUGUGAUAAAUUUGGCAUUGUAGUCCAUGAGCUGGGUCAUGUGAUUGGCUUUUGGCAUGAGCACACUCGACCGGAUCGAGAUGAUCAUGUGACAAUCAUCAGGGAAAAUAUACAACCGGGUCAGGAAUAUAACUUUCUGAAAAUGGAGCCUGGGGAGGUGAACUCUCAGGGAGAGCCAUAUGAUUUUGACAGCAUCAUGCACUAUGCAAGGAACACCUUCUCAAGGGGUAUGUUUCUGGAUACAAUUCUUCCAUCCCGCGAUGAAAAUGGUGUGAGGCCUCCUAUAGGUCAACGAACACGUCUCAGUAAAGGAGAUAUUGCACAGGCAAGGAAGCUCUAUAGAUGUCCAGCUUGUGGAGAAACAUUACAAGAUUCCACAGGCAAUUUCUCAUCUCCUGGAUUUCCAAAUGGUUAUCCUUCAUACACACACUGCAUUUGGAGAAUUUCCGUGACCCCUGGAGAGAAGAUUGUCCUGAAUUUUACAACUAUGGACCUUUAUAAGAGCAGUCUCUGUUGGUAUGACUAUAUUGAAGUUAGAGACGGUUACUGGAGAAAAUCCCCUCUGCUCGGCAGGUUUUGCGGUGAUAAAGUGCCAGAGGUCCUGACAACAACAGACAGCAGAAUGUGGAUAGAGUUUCGAAGCAGCAGCAACUGGGUUGGCAAAGGAUUUGCUUCAAUCUAUGAAGCUAUUUGUGGAGGAGAAAUUCACAAAGACUCUGGCCAGAUUCAGUCCCCCAAUUAUCCAGAUGACUACAGGCCAUCCAAAGAAUGUAUAUGGAAAAUAACAGUAGCUGAAAAUUACAAUGUCGGAUUAACCUUCCAGGCAUUUGAGAUAGAGCGUCAUGACACCUGUGCUUAUGAUUAUCUGGAAGUACGAGAUGGGAAUAGUGAGAACAGCCCCCUGAUUGGACAUUUCUGUGGCUAUGAUAAGCCAGACGAUAUCAGAUCUACCUCUAACACCCUGUGGAUGAAGUUUGUCUCAGAUGCAACUGUAAACAAGGCUGGCUUUGCUGCUAAUUUCUUAAAAGAGGAAGAUGAAUGUGCCAAACCAGACAAUGGGGGCUGUGAACAGCGCUGUAUUAACACUCUUGGAAGUUACAAAUGUUCCUGUGAUCCUGGCUAUGAGCUUGGUCCUGACAAGAAGAGUUGUGAAGCUGCAUGUGGAGGGCUGUUAACCAAGCUUAAUGGAACAAUAACCACCCCAGCCUGGCCCAAAGAAUAUCCACCAAACAAGAACUGUGUCUGGCAAGUUGUUGCUCCUUCUCAGUACAGGAUAUCAGUGAAGUUUGAAUACUUUGAAUUAGAGGGUAAUGAAGUAUGCAAGUAUGAUUUUGUGGAGAUAAGGAGUGGGCUAUCUUCAGAUUCCAAGUUACAUGGGAAAUUCUGUGGAACAGAAGUGCCUGAAGUCAUUACUUCGCAAUACAACAACAUGAGAAUUGAAUUCCGUUCUGACAAUACAGUUUCAAAAAAGGGCUUCCGUGCACACUUCUUUUCAGACAAAGAUGAAUGUUCAAAAGAAAAUGGAGGUUGCCAACAUGAAUGCAUCAACACAAUUGGCAGCUAUGUUUGCCAGUGCCGCAAUGGAUUUGUACUCCAUGAGAACAAGCAUGAUUGUAAAGAAGCUGAAUGUGAACAUAGAAUUCAUAGUCCGAAUGGAUUUAUAACAAGCCCCAACUGGCCAGACAAGUAUCCAAGUCGUAAGGAAUGUACUUGGGAAAUAAGUGCCACUCCAGGUCAUAGAGUUAAGCUAGCAUUCAGUGAAUUUGAGAUUGAGCAGCAUCAGGAAUGUGCAUAUGACCACCUAGAAGUUUUUGAUGGUGAAACGGACAAGUCAUCCAUCUUGGGAAGAUUAUGUGGUAACAAAAUUCCAGAGCCUUUAAUUGCUACAGGAAAUAAGAUGUUUCUUCGUUUUGUGUCUGAUGCAUCAGUACAAAGGAAAGGAUUUCAAGCCACUCAUUCCACAGAGUGUGGCGGCAGACUGAAAUCAGAAACAAAGCCCAGAGACCUGUUCUCCCAUGCCCAGUUUGGUGACAACAACUACCCUGUCCAAACAGAUUGUGAGUGGUUGUUAGUAUCUGAAAGAGGUCUUCGUGUUGAGCUAAGCUUUCCAACAUUUGAGGUGGAGGAGGAAGCAGACUGUGGCUAUGAUUACAUGGAGCUGUUCGAUGGCCAUGACACGUCAGCAAUGAGACUGGGUCGUUACUGUGGAUCAGGGCCUCCAGAAGAAAUUAUAUCCACUGGAGAUGCGAUACUAAUUCAUUUUCACACUGAUGAUACAAUCAGCAAGAAGGGAUUUCAUAUACGAUACAAAAGUGUAAAGUAUCAAGAUAUCCUUCACACCAAAUAA